AUGAGCUCCGUAUUCUCAUCUCUCAUAAGACCGGCGAAGACACGUCAAACAUCUAGCAGCCAACAUGCUUCUGAUGACGUCGGCUUAUCGCCGCAAACCCCGCUCGAGUGCGAAACCGACUCCCAUCUGUCGGAGCUCAACACCAGCCUACAAGCCCUCGCCGACAUAUUUCCCGAUGUCCAGGCCGAAGUCUUCCGCGAGAUGCUGUCGUCUUUCAGCCCAGGAAGUAGGUUGCAGGUGGUCACGGAGCAGAUUCUAAAGCAUGGGAAUAAAUGGGUACGAGGGCGAUACAGGAUGCCUGCAGAACAGGAAGGGCAUCAAGCUGCCAUGGUUGCCCAGUACAAGUACCGAAAGACAAACGUUGAAAAGGAUACGCGGGGCAUACCGCUUGCUCCACAGGACAAGUUUCGGUCCGCGAGCUAUAAAGAUGCCGCAAAAGAGGCUCUGUAUUUGGAGUUCAAGGGUUUGAGUCAUUCUACCAUCAAAGCUGUGCUCGCGGAAUGGAACUGGAGCUAUACCGACGCCAGACCAACUCUGCUGCAGCUCUCAAGCAACAGCUGGCGUACAAGCAUCACAAAUUUCCUGAUGCGGAGGAAAACGCCGACCGCCACGGACCAUCCUCUAGUUGUGUGGCUUGCCCCCGAAUUCAAGAGUGGGAGAGGGAAGCGGCCACUGUUGGUUAAGACGAAAAGCGCUGAGCUGGAUCAGGAGCUAUAUGAGACGUUGAUUGUCCCCGAGCUGGAGAAGCAGCGCAAAGAGCAAGUCCAGCAGGACUUUGAUCUCGCCCUACAAUGGAAUGAGGAAGAGGCAGAGAAGGAAGGCGAGAUGUACGACUGCGAGUGCUGCUUUAUUCCCAACACACUCCAACAAAUGUCAACGUGCGAUGUGAAUGGCCACUAUAUCUGCUUCCGAUGUAUUGGCCACGCCAUCAAUGCAGCUCUCUACGACCAAGGAUGGGCAAGAAACAUCAACUCGGAUCUCUGUACGCUCAAAUGCAUAGUGCCUCUCCCUAACAGCGCCGACGACUGCCGCGGAUGCGUUCCCAUGCCCUUGGUCCAACGAGCCCUCCUUGCCGAAAAGGACGGUGAAGACACUCUCAAAAAACUUCACGAACGCUUCACCAGUGAAGCCCUCACUCAAUCACGCCUCCCCCUAAUCCAAUGCCCCUUUUGCUCAUACGCUGAAAUCGACGAUCUGGCCCUCCCAGCCACAAACCUCCUAUCAGGUCUCCAUAUCAAACGCCGCCGCCUCCUCCUCGCAUCCCUCCCAUUCUUCGAACUUCUCUGCUUCCAAGCCGCACGUGCCGUCUUCUCGUCCCUCAUUCUCCUCUUCUCCAUCCUAGCACUCACCUCCUACAUUCUCCCCUCCCUCUCCCUCUUCACCACCCUCUCAACCCCCUUCAAAACAGCCCUCCGCCGCAUCCACCUCAAACGCCGCGGUCUCCGCUUCCAAUGCCUCUCACCAACAUGUGCCCGCGCCUCCUGCCUCACCUGCGCAGCUCCCUGGCACGACCCGCAUAAAUGCUACUCCUCACAACUCACCUCCCUCCGUCUCGCCCUCGAACGCGCCACCACCGACGCCAUCAAACGCACUUGCCCCGUCUGUAACCUCUCCUUCGUGAAGUCCGACGGCUGCAAUAAAUUGGUUUGCCUCUGUGGAUAUAGCAUGUGCUAUAUUUGUCGGAAAGGUUUGAAAGUUGAAGGGUAUGCGCAUUUUUGUCAGCAUUUUCGCGCGAUCCCGGGGCAGGCUUGCACCGAGUGUCAGAAGUGCGAUUUGUACCGUGUGGAGGAUGAGGAGAGGGUUGUUGCUAGGGCGAGGGAGAGUGCGGAGAAGGAGUGGUGGGGUUUGCAGGGUGAUGGCGCCGGCGGUGACGGGCAAGGAGAGAAAAGUGAGGCUGGAAAAAUGAAACUUGGAGAGAAAGCUGGGAAGAACCGACAUGGGCUUAAGGAGGUUGUGGGGAAGAAGAGGCCGCUUGUUGGUAGUGGUGAGUCGAAGGCAAGAUUAUGGAGGGUGAGGUGGGUGGAUGUUGAGGGCUGGAUUGAGAGGGCGGUUGAAAGUGUUGUCGUUUGA